AUGCGUUCCCGGCGGUCUCAUGUCGCUUUGGGCGCCUUAUCCGCACUGCCUUGGCUGGCAUCCGGAGCUCAAGGUUGCUCGUCGGCUGACAAUACAGGAGCAAUCACUCAGGAGGUUGUUGUGGUCGAUCACGUUCCCGUACAUCUCAGCGCUGCCGUCUGCCACAACACUGUCAUCGAUGUUGCUGGCACAGCUGUAUCUGUGACCAACGCUCCUACGGUGCUUGUGUCCGACUUCGUUGUCCAGAGCACCACGACGUUCACGUCGACUCUCCAUCCAUCUGUGGUCUUUGAAGGCCCCUGCACCACUCUCUUUAGAGAUGGCCCUCCCGGUUCCGAACCCACUACUCUAGUCUUUCCUCCUCUCGGAGACGGCGUCAACGGAACGAAGAUCAUCUGCGUUCCAGCCGAUCCCAACUGGUACGAGGGACUGGGCCCAUUCAAGACUGGUGAUAGUGACCCCUGGGGCAUCACGAGACCUGCACUUACCGGAACGGACCUCAUCGACCCUGCCACCAUCACGCCUCCCACUACUACCUUCACUGGACCAUUUACUACACUUACUGGCGCUUGGACCGGUACAGUCCCGACGACUCUCAUCUUGCCUCCCGCCGGCACUGAUACAGUCGGAACCGAACUGGUCCUCCGCCCCACGUCUACUCCUCCGUCUUUCACCGGGCCUUGUGUCACGCUCUCGGGACCCUACACCGGCGCCACACAGACUACUCUGGCACUGCCUCCGUCUGGGACCGAUACUGUCGGAACUCAACUGGUGCUGACACCCAGUCCCGUGAUCACCUCCUUCACUGGGCCGUACGUGACAGCGACCGGGGCGUACACCGGCACGACACCCACGACUCUGCUUCUCCCUCCAUCCGGGACGGACACUAUCGGAACUCAGCUCGUCCUUACUCCUGCCCCCAGCAUCUUCACCGGGCCUUUUGUGACGGAAAGCGGCGUCUGGACCGGUACCUUCACCAACACCCUUUCCCUAGCACCGGCUGGAACUGAUGCUACCGGCACCCAACUCAUCCUGUACCCGACAACAACGGCCAGUCAGUUCACUGGUCCAUUCACCAUUCUUACGGCCCCCGGCACAGGCAGUGUGGCAGCAACUUUUACGGUCCCGCCCAACGGAGCAGAUGGCACUGGCACUGUCAUCGUUCUGGCCCCCACAAGCGCGGCACCCGGUACCUUUGCCGAGUCUGUUCCAAGUUCAUCAUCAGCAUCUCCUACUGGCGCCCCAGUUCUCGGCGGAUUAUUCACCAGCACGUACACCGGCUCAACUACCUCAACCUCGGUCCUACCUUCAGGCCCCAAUGGAGAGCCAGGAGCAACCAUAAUCUUCGUCCAAGGUCCCGCAGCAACAACCUCAGCUCCCGCUUCUACCAUUCUGCCUGCUGUUUAUACCACCAUCACCAGCGGCUACGACGGCACAUUGACCUCCACCUCUACCAUACCGCCAACAGGCACCAACACCGCCGGAUUCAUCGUCAUUCUGGAACCCACUGCCGUAUCAACUCCAGCAGCGGCAAGCUUCACCACAGUAACCAGCGCAUACACCGGCUCAGUCACUCUGACCUCGACGAUUCCUCCCUCAGUCUCCGGCCAACCGGGAACAGUUGUCAUUCUGGACCCGAGUCUAAUAUCGUACUCGACGUUGACGAGCGGCUAUGAUGGAUCAGUCACCACGACUACCACAGUCUUUCCUUCGGGAGGUGGCACUGUCGGGGCUGUUGUUGUCCUUGUACCAACGGCCGCAGCGUCAUCGACUGCCUUGCCAAACACCGAUACGUCAACCUCUACCCUGGCAUCUAAAACGACAACCUCUGAGUCCUCAUCUGCCUCCGAAUCAUCCUCAACCUCGGCGAUAGUCUCAACUUCUACGGUGUCUUCUACUUCCGAGGUCUCUCCCACUUCUGAAAUCUCUUCCACUUCUGAAGCUUCCUCCUCUUCUGAGGUCUCCUCUACGCCAGGAGUUUCUUCUACGUCUGAUGCUCCUUCUACUUCUGAUGCGUCCUCCGCUUCCGAACUGUCUUCAACUUCAGAGGCUUCUUCUACUCUGGAUACUACUUCGGCUUCGAGUACCGCCCCAACCUCCGCUACCUCCGAAGUCUCCUCGUCGUCCGUUCCAACCUCGACAAUUGCCAGUGUCUCAUCCACGACUUCCUCUCCAUCAUCGUCUAGUUCAGCAUCCCCAUCCGCCUCAACCACACUCCCCGGAACCCCAACCACACAAACCUCCCAAUCAUCCACCUUCACAGGCUGCCUCGUCACAUCCUCAGCCACAGCCUCCGCCUGCAGCGUCUCCCUCACCGACUCCUGCGCCCAGCUCUCCUCAACCAACGGCCUCGCCCUCGCCCCCGUCAUCGCCGCCUGCACCCUCGAACUCGGCCCCUACGCCGCCGGCAACGUCCUCACCUGCCUCUCCACCACAAUCUCCCUCACAACCACAGGCCAGAGCAUCGCAAACUGCGUCACCAACGCCCUCGCCGCAAGCUGCCCAACCACCCUCCCCGACGCCUGCGUCAACCUACAAACCUCCAACGGCCUCGCCCUCCUCACCGACAUCCCCCUCUGCACCGCGGCCCUCGGCCCCUUCGCCGUCGGCACCGCCGCAACCUGUCUCGCCACCGGCGCCAUCAGCGCCCUCACCCAGGGCUCAAGCGUCUUCGAAUGUCUCCAAGUCGCCUUCGGCCUGGCUCCCUCGGUCGUUACCGUGACCAACCCCGCGCUCUGCCCGACACAAGCGCCGACAGCUACCCCUUCAGUUUGCGCCACGGUCCCGGCGCCGUGCGAGUCCCUCUCGACCGUUGACGGUCUGGCCCUGAUCCCCGCGAUACCGGCCUGUACCGCGGCUCUCGGCGCGUUCGCUGUUGGCAACGCCGCGACGUGCCUCGCCACGACGGCCGUCAGCGUGACGACCACGGGCUCCUCGAUCGUGUCCUGCCUGGAGAAUGCGCUCAGCGCCACGUGUAUCUCGACGCUGCCGCAGGCCUGUCUCAAUCUCGGGGGCGACGAUGCGGUGGCGCUGGCGGUGGACCUGCCGCUCUGCGUGACGGCAUUGGGGCCGUUUGCGACUGGUGCUGCUCUUGUGUGCACCACAUCCGGGCUGACAAAUGGCGAUUCGGUCAUUCAGUGCUUGAACAAUGCUCUCUUUUCUACGGGCUAG